UCGAAAAUAUUUUUAAGAAAAAGCAGUUAUUAUAAAAAAAUCUAUGAAAAAAGACCGACAUUUUCCUAUGCUACUUUUUGAUUUAAAACGUUGGGUAAAAUAAGUUCAAUCAAAUGUUGAUUAAAACCAAAUAUGAAAACUGUUAGUUUCGUUAGUUUUAUUUUAGUUUUGUAUCUUAUUUUUAUUCGGAUGGCAAAAAACGCACAUGCUUAUUGGUGUUAAAAGGUAUGGACUCCCCGAAGCUUGAGAACAACCUUUAUUUCUUGCAGCAUUGAGGAAACUAGAAACAAUAUUUGGGCGUAACUUACGACACCACAACUAGAAACGAUAUUUGGUCGUAACUCUCAUAUCUGCAAGACGGUUGGUAAAACUAACAUGAAAGAUACUUCAGUACAAAGUAUUUUAGCAACACACAAGUUUAGCAAAAAUCAACGUUUACUAUUAAAGCAAUCUCCAGAACUUUUAUUUUCUAUUGGUAAAGGUGCUGCAAUGGCAAUUCAAGAGUGCAAAAGACAGUUCAUUAACAGUCGUUGGAACUGCUCCGAUUAUAGUCCAGAAUCCGUUUUUGGAAAAAUUCUUCAGAGAGCUUGCAAAGAGACAUCUUUUAUUUACGCUAUCACUUCAGCUGGUGCGACAUAUGCAUUAACAGAAGGAUGUGCAAAAGGAGCAGUUAAUGGCUGUCAUUGCCAAAGUGGCUUAAACAAUCGUGUACGUGAGAAACAAGAUUGGGUAUAUGAAGGCUGUCAUGACAACAUCCAAUAUGGGUAUGAAAAUGGAAAGGCUUUUACAGAUGCAAAAGAAACUAGCCGCGAUUUUAAAGGGUUGGUUAACUUGCAUAACAAUGAAGCCGGAAGAACGCUAGUGGUAGAUUUGAUGAAACAAGAAUGUAAAUGUCUUGGAGUAUCAGGAAACUGCAACGUGAAAACAUGCCGCCGUAAACUUAGUUCUUUUCAAGAAAUUGGAAAUCGUUUAAAAGAACUUUUUAACCGAGCUACAAAAGUGCAACCAAAUCAAAUAUUUAGUAACCGAAGAAUAACACGCAACUAUCCAAUAACACAAAAUGUUGAAAACUCAAAAAUUAAAAACACAUACAAUAUAGUAUACGGAGAAGAAUCUCCAAACUUUUGCAAAUACGAUUUAAAUGUAGGCUCUUUAGGAACACUAAAUCGAUAUUGUAACGCUACCGUGGGAGCUAUUGAAGGUUGCGAGCAAUUGUGCUGCGGUCGUAAAUGGAAAACUGAAAAACUAACUAGAUCUGAAAGCUGUAACUGCGUUUUUAAAUGGUGUUGCAACGUAGAAUGCCAAGAGUGUAAAAUUACUAAAGAAUACAGUUUUUGCAAAUAACCAAAUAUUUAUUUAAAUUUAAUUUUUAAUACAAAAAUAAACUCUCACAUAAAAUAAAAGUUUGUAAAUAAUUUAAUUUCUACAGAGUUGUCUAAACAAUAUUUGUUUGUUGUUUUCAAAGUUAUUGUUUUCUGCGUGCACUUGUGUAUGUGUGUCUGUGUGUGGGUGUAUCUGCAGAAAUAAGAUUAGAAAAAUAUUUAUUUCAGCUAAAUAAUAAUAUAUAUACUUAAAUUUCACUAAAAUUUUAUAGUUUCAUAUAGUUUUCAUAAUUCAAUAUCAAAUAAUGAAAAAAAUAACCAAUAACAAAACUAAUUAUAAAAGGAUUUUAAGAUUUUUUAAAUUUAGUAAUUCUUUUUGGGUAAGUCACAGAAAGUAAUGGAGAGUCUUUCAAACCUUUAUUCUGGCAGAGAUGUGUCAAUUCUUAGUUUUCUUUCUUAAGUGUCAUUAAACACAAUCAAUUGAUUCAUAAACACCUGUAAGCAUCAUAUAGUUAAAAUUAAAAAGGUUUACAAUCAUGCAUAAAAA